AUGCUCCUCCUCACUGCGACACCGCGGCUACUGAAAGCCCUCUUCGAGACCCUGUCGGGACAAGUGACGGUCUUGGCCGUCGUCCUCUGGGAUCUCGGCCUCUGUCUCGCCAACAUCGUCCUUCCAUCCACACCGCGAGGCAAAUUGUACCCGGCCGGGGCGCUAGGACAUGGCGGCAAAUGGCCCGAGUAUAUACCCCCCGGUGAAGGCGACAGCCGCAGCGCGUGCCCCAUGCUCAACGCGAUGGCCAACCACGGAAUACUCCCCAGGGAUGGGAAGAACAUACCGUUUGCGUAUAUGGGCCAACAAAUCAGGAAGACAUACAACUUCGCGCCGUCGUUCUGCUACUUCGUGCCGUCUUACAUGGCGCAGCUCCUUCGCCGGUCCUACCGGAAGGACACGCUCGACCUGUCCGACAUCAGCGUCCACAACGGUAUCGAGCACGACGCUUCGCUCUGUCGCCAUGACACCUUCCUCCAACCCGACCAGUCCAAGCCAGCGCACGAUCUGAUCACCGAGAUGCUCGCAUACCCAACCCGCGAAGGCCGGACCUCGCUCACCGCGGCCGACAUCGCCGCGUUCAUGUCCAAGCGUCGCGCAGACUCCCGCGUCCAGAACGGGCAGCACACCCUCAGCACCUUCCAUAAGAUCUUCGGCAGCAGUAACUCCGCGACGAUGCUCCUCCUGUUCGGCGGCGACGUGGAGACGUUGAAGACCGUGCUGCACGAGGAGAGGUUGCCCGACGGGUACGAGUCUACCUACAGGAAACCGUUCGGUCUGACGUUGGCCGCGUUCAACGCGACCGUGCUCCAGGUCGAGCUCGGUGUGAAGGAGCCCGAGGUGGACUUCAAGGCGAAGAAAAUCCUGUAG